AGUACUGUGCUCCACUGUAAGUAGCCUUAAAGUCCACAUUUUCGUCGGGCAUUCUUGGGAACAGUCGAGUGUUAUUAUUAAACGAUCGUAACCGUGAGGUGUGAACACAGACUCUUGAACUGUGGCCCCUGACCUUUGAUAUGCAUGAUACACUCUCCCGUGAGUUGGAAACAAGAGAAUAUGAGAAUCAACCAGCAUACCCAGAUUGUGGGCCAUAAAGUUAUUCUUGUGCCAUAUGAAAGCUACCAUGUGCCUAAGUACCAUCAAUGGAUGGCAUCAGAAGAACUACAGAAGUUGACUGCCUCCCAGCCUCUGACACUACAGGAAGAAUACAACAUGCAGAAAAGCUGGCGGGAUGAUGAAGACAAAUGCACUUUUAUCAUUCUGCAAAAAAGUAUCCAUGACCAGAACGUUGCAAAAUACAGUGAAAAAGAAAACAGAGAGAUUGAUGCCAUGAUAGGUGAUGUUAACUUGUUUUUCACGGAGAAUAAGCACGAGGUGGCAGAGAUUGAGAUCAUGAUUGCAGAAUCAUCAGCACGUGGUCAAGGUUGUGGACGAGAGGCAUUGUGUAGCAUGCUGAGAUAUGGUGUAGAAGUACUAGGUGUGACCAAGUUUGUGGCCAAGAUUGGAGAGGAUAACAAACCCAGCAUUAGUUUAUUUUCUCAGCUGGGCUUUACUGAGACAUCAAGAAGUGAAGUGUUUGUAGAGGUCACCAUGGAGCUGCAGGUUGCAGAGGGCACUUUAACUGUCAUCGCAUCUUUCACCCCUGCCUUCCAUCUUCAGCCCACUUUCGAUGUUAUCAAAUAAACUUGUUGAGUAAAGUA